AUGCUGUUCCUUAAAAAGCAGUGGCAAUGCUUUUCAUCUCCAAUAUUCCAGGUACAACCUACGGGGCAUGAGAACAGUGGAUUUGGAAUAGUGUGUGACCGGUAUUCUGCGAUCACUCCGUGUACGAUAGUGUCAUCUAGUCUGUGUGCGUGUGCGUGGUGUGCUGCCUCCAGGAUAAAGGAGUUGGUCUCCUAUAAGAAGAUUCGAGCGCGUAUAGAGAAAGCUAAUUGUUUUGAACAGCCCGGAGGAAAUCAAUCGCGUGACAAAAGGUGUUGCCCCAAUCAGUUCACUAUGGGCGAGUAUGGAGCGUCGCUGGAGGAGCUUCGCGCCCUCAUGGAGUACAGGGGUGCAGAAGCCAAGGAGAAGAUCGACGCCGAUUACGGUGGGAUCACAGGAUUAUGUGAACGGCUAAAAACUGAUCCGAACAAUGGUAUCCCAAAUACGACCACUGAGUUGGAACGACGACGAGCAGUAUUCGGCGCCAACGAAAUUCCACCUCAUCCGCCUAAGUGCUUUCUCCAAUUGGUGUGGGAAGCAUUGCAGGUUCGGAAAUUAUUCGUUUAG